AAAACAAUAAACACUUACCAACCUAAGCGUUGGUAGAGAAAAGCUAAAUCACAAUGAGAUCUUCUUCUAAGAUGGGGCCUUCUGCCCAUCUCAUUUCCGCUCUAGGAGUUAUCAUCAUGGCAACAAUGGUUGCUGCUUAUGAGCCAUACACAUAUAGUUCUCCACCACCACCGUAUUCUACACCAUCUCGUAAGGUUGAGUACAACUCUCCGCCACUACCGUAUAUCACUCCAUCGCCUAAGGUUGACUAUAAAUCUCCACCACCAGUAUACAGUUCCCCACCACCACCGCCAUAUUACUCUCCAUCCCCAAAGGUUGAGUACAAGUCUCCUCCUCCACCAUAUGUCUACAGCUCUCCACCACCACCAUAUUAUGCUCCUUCCCCUAAGGUACACUACAAGUCUUCUCCACCACCGUAUGUUUACAGCUCCCCACCACCACCAUACUACUCUCCAUCUCCUAAGGUAGACUACAAGUUUCCACCACCACCGUAUGUUUACAGUUCCCCACCACCACCAUACUACUCUCCAUCCCCUAAGGUAGACUACAAGUCUCCUCCUCCAUCAUAUGUUUACAGCUCCCCACCACCACCAUACUACUCUCCAUCCCCUAAGGUAGACUACAAGUCUCCUCCUCCAUCAUAUGUUUACAGCUCCCCACCACCACCAUACUACUCUCUAGCCCCUAAAGUUGACUACAAGUCUCCUCCUCCACCAUAUGUCUACAGCUCGCCCCCUCCACCAUACUACUCUCCAGCCCCUAAGGUUGACUACAAGUCUCCUCCACCACCAUAUGUUUACAGUUCCCCACCACCGCCAUACUACUCUCCAGCCCCUAAGGUUGAGUACAAGUCUCCUCCACCACCGUAUGUUUACAGUUCCCCACCACCACCAUACUCCUCUCCAGCCCCUAAGGUUGAGUACAAGUCUCCUCCACCACCGUAUGUUUACAGUUCCCCACCACCACCAUACUACUCUCCAGCCCCUAAGGUUGAGUACAAGUCACCUCCUCCACCAUAUGUUUACAGUUCCCCACCACCACCAUACUACUCUCCAGCCCCUAAGGUUGACUACAAGUCUCCUCCUCCACCAUAUGUUUACAGUUCCCCACCACCACCAUACUACUCUCCAGCCCCUAAGGUUGAGUACAAGUCACCUCCUCCACCAUAUGUUUACAGUUCCCCACCACCACCAUACUACUCUCCAGCCCCUAAGGUUGACUACAAGUCUCCUCCUCCACCAUAUGUUUACAGUUCCCCACCACCAACAUACUACUCUCCAGCCCCUAAGGUUGACUACAAGUCUCCUCCUCCACCAUAUGUGUACAGCUCUCCACCACCACCAUACAACACUCCCGCCCCUAAGGUUGUAUACAAGUCUCCUCCUCCCCCCUACGUCUACAGUUCUCCCCCACCACCAUACUAUUAUUCUCCAUCCCCUAAGGUUGUAUACAAGUCUCCACCGCCACCAUAUGUCUACAGCUCUCCACCACCACCAUACUAUUCGCCAUCCCCUAAGGUACACUACAAGUCUCCUCCACCACCGUAUGUUUACAGCUCCCCACCACCACCAUACUACUCUCCAUCCCCUAAGGUUGUAUACAAGUCUCCUCCUCCACCGUACGUCUACAGUUCUCCACCACCACCAUAUUAUUCUCCCUCCCCUAAGGUAGUAUACAAGUCUCCUCAUCCACCAUAUGUCUACAGCUCUCCACCACCACCAUACUACUCUCCAUCCCCUAAGGUUGUAUACAAGUCUCCUCCUCCACCAUAUGUCUACAGCUCUCCACCACCACCAUACUACUCACCAGCCCCUAAGGUAGUCUACAAGUCUCCUCCACCACCAUAUGUAUACAGCUCCCCACCACCACCUUACUAUUCUCCAUCUCCUAAGGUUGUAUACAAGUCUCCUCCUCCACCAUAUGUCUACAGCUCUCCACCACCACCAUACUACUCUCCAUCUCCUAAGGUUGACUACAAUUCUCCUCCACCACCGUAUGUUUACAGCUCUCCACCACCACCAUACUACUCUCCAUCUCCUAAGGUUGACUACAAUUCUCCUCCACCACCGUAUGUUUACAGUUCCCCACCACCACCAUACUACUCUCCGGCACCUAUGGUUGACUACAAGUCUCCUCCACCACCGUAUGUUUACAGUUCCCCACCACCACCAUACUACUCUCCGGCACCUAUGGUUGACUACAAGUCUCCUCCACCACCGUAUGUUUAUAGUUCUCCACCACCACCAUACUAUUCUCCAGCGCCUAAGGUAGACUACAAGUCUCCUCCACCACCGUAUGUUUACAGUUCCCCACCACCACCAUACUACUCUCCAUCUCCUAAGGUUGUAUACAAGUCUCCUCCUCCCCCAUAUGUCUACAGUUUUCCACCCCCACCAUCGUACACACCUUCUCCAAAAAUUGAGUACUAAACUUCAUGCCUACCCUUGUAUUAAAAAAUGUAAUUUGGAUUCUUUUAUAACUUGUUGAGUUUUAUUUUAUCUCCUCUUUCGUUUUUCUGAUGCUAUUUGUAUCCAAUAAUUUUUAAUUUUCCUUGUAUGGAUUCAAAUAUUUUGCAACUAAAUCUACACAUGGUUUCAUGUUUUUCA